GAAUCCAGUCUGGGCUGCCUAGAUCUCUGGUAUUUUCCAACGGUCUAGCCGCGGUCACACUGUUUUCAACAAAAAUAAGUUGAAACCUUUUGCUGGGCAGCAAACCAUAACGGGAGUGUCAGCCAGCGAAUCCAGAGAGCAAAUCGAAGAAUCGGAAGAAUCCGGCGAUAAUCCAGCAUGGCGGACCCCGAGAGGCAGAGCCUGAUCACCAAGGACGAGGGCGGCGGCUACAGUUCCGUGGACGCUGUGGACGAGGGCGCCGACAAUCCCGGCAGCAGUGCAUCGGUGGCCAACAAUGAGGACGGCAAUGGAGCACCAACGGCUGUGCCUUGCAUUGGACCCGAUGAGCUGCCACCGCCGUAUCAGCAGAGCACCAAUACCGGAGGCGUGCCAAUGGUCACCUGUCGGGUGUGUCAGCACAUGAUUGACAUAACCACGAAGCGGGAGCAGCACGUGGUUAAGUGCACCCACUGCAAUGAGGCUACUCCCAUUCGGAACGCUCCGCCGGGCAAGAAAUACGUACGCUGCCCUUGCAACUGUUUGCUAAUCUGCAAAAGCUCGUCGCAGCGCAUUGCUUGCCCAAGGCCCAAUUGCAAGCGGAUCAUUAACCUGGCCCCGAGUCCCGUCACCCCGCCCGUGCCCACCAUGCCGGGCAUGUGCCGCGUCACCUGCGGCCACUGUUCGGAUACAUUUUUGUUCAACACCUAUCACAACGCCCUGGCCCGCUGUCCACACUGCAGGAAAGUCUCGUCGGUGGGCUCGCGAUUUGCCAAUAGCCGCGCCGUGAUGUUCGCCAUAGUGGCUUUGGUGUUCCUCAUUACGGGCAUCGGGGUUACCAUCGGGACAAUCUCGUAUGCCUCUGAACACGGUGGCAUGUACUUCCUCUAUGUGGCACUGUUUGUGAUUGCUGGCUGCAUGUUGGCCCGAUCCGCCUACUAUUUCCGCCUUAAAGUGAGCGCCAUCGAUGGGCCCAUGUAAAGCUAGAGAGAGCAUGGGGCCAGCAGCAAAGGAAGUGCAUUGUUUUAUUUUUAUAUAUAUAUAUUAUGCAUAUAUAUCAUUCCUUUUGAUAUUAAAUGUAACCCGUAAAACUAAACACAAGCAGCCAAUAGCAGACGGAACACUGAACUCGACUUUUCCGCGAAAACCAUGCAAAGGCAAAGUGCGAAAAGCUAAUUAUUACUUUCCGAAAACCUAGCUAAAUUAUGAAUAGGAUGCAGCCCCCAUUUAAAGUGAUUUUGAAAAGCAUAAUUAGAAUGUUAAGGUCGUAACUAACUAAACACAAAUACUGAAAACAAAAGCCAAUACACAUUUCGAGAGUCGCUGCAACACCAACCAUGUAAAAGAGUAAAGUGCUAAAAGAGAGAAAACAGAGAGCUGUAGUCAUUAGUUAUUAGACCAGCGACCGAUCAACCCAAUUGCACUUGCGCCCCCACAUCAAAGAACCAUAGGAACAUAGAAUCAGGACCAGGAUCGGCUGUUCCAUUUUAAGGAUUGUACAGUUGUGUUGUGUUUAAGUGUCCGCCGACGAUGUUCGUUUUCCGUUUGUGCCUGUCCUGCAACUACAUCAUAUUUUCGUAUUUAUCCACCAAACGUGUAUUCUAUUUUGUGUUUGCUACCUUUCUGCUAAGAAUUUAUCCAAAAUGCACUCUCUUCUCAUAGGCAAGCAAGCGGUUUUAGUUUUGUUUAAGGCGUCUAGCGAUGAUUUUCGAAAGGGUAUACAUAUGCUAAACGUGCUAAUGAAGGUACAUACAUACAUACGCGCAUAUAUACCAUAUACAUACAUAAUUAUAAUGAAAAUAAAAUCAAAGCAACAUACACUUCUUGAAGAACAAAGAACAACAACAACAAGCAACGCUCAUGCAGAAACAACAAUUAAGACAGCAACUGCUAAAAUGCGAAAUUCAAUAUAUAUAUAUAUGUAUGAUUAAAAG